GUCCUAGACACGCGAUUUUCGACAUCGUUGUCUUCGUGGAACGCACCGCCAGGAUCUGGAGUGUUUGUGCAGAGAUAUCCUCGUUUCUAGACACAUUCUCCUUCGGUUGUUGCGGUGUGCCGUCAAAAGGUUUUUCCAUCCAACCAUAGCGAUGUUCUCAUCAGUAAUCUUCUUCUUCGGUCACAGGAAAAAAGAAACGGAAAACCCAGCUGGAAAAUUAGUGUGCGAAUGAGGCAGCAUUUCUACUGAACUGUGGACUAACGACAAGCCGUAAAGAAUCAAACUUACAAUAGAACCUCCGGUGGAUUUUCCUGAACACAAGUCAUCAUCGUCAUUCAGUGAUAGAGGAAGUGCUACAGGAAAAGGGAAAGUGAGUGCAGUGCUUGUAACAAACAUAAAAAGCUACCGGAGUUUGUUGCGACAAUAGACCCGCUGUAGUGAAUCGAGUUAGAAAACAACCCGUCAAGAAAAUAAUACCUAGACUGUGUCUAUCUUAACAGCAAAAAAAUAUACAUAUUGCCCUAACGUAGUGAAUCUGUGAAGUUUUGAAGAUUGCAUUGUGUGAGCGAGCGCCCUCUACCAUCCUCCGCUCAACCAAAAGAAUAGGGAUAUAUCUUUAACAAUUAUCCGUUUCGUCAACCGUGUGUGUAGCAGUAGCGACCUCCUCCCCCCUAACUUCUCGUUAACUGGUGUAAUCGUCUAUCUAGCAAGCAAAAAGAGAAGAAAAAGAAAAGAAAAGUGUCGUCGGUGUCUAUUGUUGUCGUUGUCGUUGAUGUUGUUGCCGUUACGCUGCUAGUGCAUCAUAUAAGAAGAAAUAUUCAAACCAGCUAACAAGUGUGUACCGAAAGCUUUCUGUAUCUAUGUCAGGAUAGUUGAAAAAAAAAAAAAAACAAGUGAAACAACAACGCCAUAAGUGUUGCGCUACCACCUAGCUAUACACUACACAACUAGCCAUCGUUUUCGUCUCCGUUGCUCUGUAGCGAAUCGCGUAGAACAUCUGUGUACUGAUAACUAUUGUCUAUGAAUACAUACAUACAUACAUACACACAAUUAUAUACCCCUCGCUAACUGCUAUUCGUCUAUCUACAAGUGAAAGAAGCAAAAAAAAAAGUAAAGAAAAAACAACGGUUAUUAUAAUAGAAGAACAACAACUGUCACCGCCAGAUAUUGAGUGCUUGAAGCAAGCGGGAGAGCAAAUACAAACAAAAAACGGGGAAAAUUGCGGUUUUAAAAACGAAAAAAAAAAAAAAAUCCCGUCUGGUGAAUGCUAGGUGGCUUCCGGUUUUGGCUAUUGUUUCGGAAGAAUACCAAGGAAUACACUCCGGCUGCAGUGAAAGUUGGUGGUUGGCAGAUUUUGCAGCCAAGCGAUUAACCGGCACCGGAUCGUUACAAUGUAAGCUCGAGUUGUUGGAGAAAACUUGCACAAGGAAGCUGGUGGAAUUGUUGCGAAUGCCGACUCCUCCCUGAAUCCAGUAUUCCAAACCCACGGCAAUACGGGUACCUAAAUUCAUCGAAUAACCUACAAAACAAUACAACGCUGGAAUUGCUACAGUGCUGAAAAACCAAACGACUAAUAAAUGUUGUUACCGUUAUCGAUUCACAUAAUUGUUAUUUUGUGAUAAAAAUACUACAGCCCCGCUCGUAGCAAUAAAAAUAGUGAGCAUAGCUUAACAAUUUAAACCACGCAUACAACAACCAACAAAAAAAAAGUCCAACAGCACCCAAGUGGUUGGUCAUUACGCUUUCUGUGGCUGUUAAAAAUUGAUAAUAAAAACCGAAAAUAAUAAUCAGUGUAUGACGGAAAGCAAAAAAAAAAACCCGGAGCAAAAUAACACAUGUCAACUAGGGUCGUGCAAGCCAACCGAGUGCUGUUCCGAGAUUGACCAGAGUUGGUUUUCGGAACUAUUGUUGUUGUCGACUGCGGUUUGCCAACCAGCCAGCAAAUGUAAAUUUUUCGAAAUGUAAGUGCCGCCGUCCUUCGAUUCGGAAUUUUAAACGGGAUUAAAAAGGAGUUAAAUUCCCUGGGAACUGGGCGAUCAGGUGGUUGGAACUCUGAUUAUAAUCAGCAGCGCCCGGAGCGAGUGCGAGUGUGGCGGCGUAAUUAAUAGCAACGAGGGUGGUAACGAAGAGAAAUUGUGAAAAUGGAAUAAAAAUAAUUAAAAUUUAUGCCGUUGUUAAUGGUGAAUGGUUUGGUAUAUUGCACUCUCUUGAUGGUGCCGGAAGAGCUGGUGGUUGUGGUGUGGAAAAGAAAUAAAACCCAGGCCAUAGCCGAAAGCGGGGCUGAAUCGAUGUAAUAUCGCUUCUGGUCCACUCCCGAGCGAGAGCAUGUCAGCGUAGGAGAAAAUUAGCAAUGGUAAAAUAAUCAAAGGGGGAAACGAAGGAGAAAUACAUCCCAGAUCAACGGAAAAGGUCAAAGGAAAAUGUACGCCCUAGAGGCAAAAAACGAAGAUAAAGUGAAGCAAAUUAAUGGUCUGUGAAGUGAAAUAAACGAAGCACAAAGAAUAAAGUGUCCCCGCAAAUCUGGAAUACCACUCGAAGUGAAACAUAAUUUUCAAUCCUGCCAACUGUUUCCACUAUCUGUGCAGGCAAGUGUGUCUGUGUGAGAAUGAAGUGAUAGUAAUCAGCUUCUAGCGAAUUUCGGGAGGUGACAAAGUUGGUGCCGGAUUGCAGCUUACGCCCUCCCUACUUGAUCUGACUUCGAACGGAAGCUCUGACAGGCGCCAGCCGAUAAGGAACCACCGUCGUCGAAGGAGGAACACAGUGGACAUAGCAGUGGCCGUAAAAUAAGCAAUAACCUCGACUCGAUCGAAACCCAAUCAACUGGCGAUCAUCCAAGAGCCAGUCGUUCCAGCCAAGUCCAGCAUGCCACCAGCACAGAAACGACACCAUCCCUACAGUCCCUGACAGAACCUUCCCCCUUCUUCGAAACUCACAACUGACAGCGAUGAUGACAGUUUCGUUUUCUUUUCCUUCAGCAUCAUCUAGCACAUUUCAAGCAGACAAACAUUUUCCCUCUUUCGCAACCGAACGCCGGCAGUGGUGACUCUCGUGACCUUAGAAAGCAUGUAAGUCCUUGAAGGCGCAAAAAACUACUACAAUCAGGAAUUCGACCCAGAUCGUUAAUUCACACACAAAAAAAAAUCAAUAGGAAACGGAUACGCUUAAAAACACACACUCACACAAAAGAGAACCUGAUUUUUAGGUAAUCAUACAUUUUAAUUUUUUUUAUAUCAAGUAAUAUUUGUACCGAGAAAACGGAGUUUUAUUGAGUGAGCUGAAAUCGAACAAUCAAUGCCGGGGCAAAGCCACCGAUUGUUAACUUUGUGUUAGUUUAUACCCACCCACACAAACAUAAGUGUCUUAAGUAAGGAUCCGCUAUUGUCGUCAUCGUCGUCAUCAUCGUAGUCCAUUGAUAGCUAGGGUAAUUUGUUGAUAGACAGUAAAGUUUCUUUGCGAUUCCGUGACUUGAAUUAAAAAUUCAUUGCUCCCUCCUUAGCCGGAAAUUUUCGAGGAGCAAAACAAGAACUAAAAUAAUGAUCAGACAAUACUCAUGAAUAAGUUAGUGGGCAACUAGUUGCUUGUGUAGGUAGUGCGCAAAUAAGCGCUAAUAGGAAGGAAGGAAAAUAUCGAUUUUACUGGCUCCUGGGAAAUUAUCGAACGGUAGUCCGGAGAAAAUGAGCAUUCCGAUUCUGUCCAGUGUAGAGCGUGUUAGGUGGUGAGAAAUUGAUGUGAGCUUGGCGCUAGAUCGGUGGGUUAUGUAAGCUAAAUCUAGGAUAAAGACGAAGAGUAGCUGGGAUUGGAGAAGGCCAUUUUUUAAGGUAAACUUUUGGAACUGUUUUUCUUCCGCGAGUCAAACGCUUCCGCAAUCCCUGGAGGAAGGAAUUGAGUGUUAGGUUUUUUGAACGCGGGAAAGAGGAUCAACUAUCUGUUGAAGUUAUUAUUUUUCGCCUAGAGCUGAGAGUUGAUUCAACUGAUUUGUUGAAAUUUUUGAUACCAAUAAGUGUUGAUUUGAUGAGUUUUGCUCGGUCUUUGGUGGCUGUAGUUUUCAUAGAGAACAAGAGGCGAUAUUUUCGAAGACAUUUUUUAAGUCCCGAACCAAAUCAACGAGCAAGAUAUCACUAGCGAAUUGCGCCAUCCCCAGAAACGCAGCAAAUACUCACUGUUAACGAAGAAGAGCAAACAAAGAUGUUUGAAUAUUGUUGUAUUUGUUACCUUUUCUAAGUCUAGGCAACGUUAAGCUACCAAUCAAAGUUUCAACAAAGAGAUAGCGAAAUACAGAGAGCAACCAAAGGGAUUUUAUAUUUGAUUUUUACACGAAACAACCCUAGGAAUUAUUGAAACGCUAGAAAAGCAAGCAAGGAAUUGUAGGUGGCAUGGAAGGGUGGAAUCGAUUUUUUCAGCCAUUUUCUAACAUUUUAUACAAACAAAGUGCAACAAGCUACUGACGAAAACAGGUAGAGAGCUAAGGCAACUAAAAACAUAGAACAUACCAAAGUUUAUAGGAAAUAUGCGUCAAUGUUAGGUGCAGAGUGGUAUUUUGCGCUUGAAGGUGUUAAUUUUCUAGGGAGCUUUAACCGUCUGUAACUGUACUGUUAAGAGAGGUCACCAACACACACACAAAAAAAAACACACCCUAACACUAAGGAGAGACACGAAAACACACCGUUCUUACAACACUACUACACCAUUUUUAUCAAGUACUGCAACAAGCCCACACGAAACGGAAGAUCUUAAUUUACGAACAAACCAAACCAAAAGAGAAUCCCAUACACUAGGAAAAAUCUUUAAGUCUUUAUUGUUGAUAAUCCGACUAGGUGCACCAAACCGAACAAAACCGAACCUUUUUUGAUAACUGUCUACAAGCUAUUUAGGUAUAAACGAAGAGGAAAAAUGUUUGAACUUUAUGUCUCAAGUGAGUAAUUCCCCUCCGGCGCCGUUCCCGUAUCCCCGACUGUCGUAUUCUACGCAUAACUGUGGCUUGAACGUACGAAAUUGAUGUUACUUAGAGCAAACCUGAACUGGAAUCGAAUCUGCUGGCAUUACUACUAACGACUACUACUACAACCGUAUAACAAUCUCUCUCUUCAACGAUCGACAACACACACACACACGGAAUUAUUAAGAGCGACACGCACAAUCGGCCGCCACCAUGUAUGCAGCAGCCGGAGGUGCCUCGCUGGCCUCACGCCAGGCCCGCAAAAAACAGGCCGCACAGAAUACCAAGAACAAGGCCACCAACCAGCUGAUCCUCCGCGAGAAGCUAGCUGCCAAGGCGGUCACAACUCCGACCAAAAGUAAACCCUUUCACCAGUUACCUGCCUCCUAUCUGCGGGCGCCUCACCAGCACCAUCGGAAGCUCAGCGCCGGCUACACCACCGUUCCCGGAUACGAUCAGCACCACAAAUCGUUGGUACCUAUCAGUGAACAAUCGUCUUCAUCCCAUGGAGCUCAUCCGCCUCAUACGCCCCAUCAUCAUAAUCUCCACCAUCAUCACCAUCCGGGUCAGCCGGGUCCGUGCUAUGUUGUUCAUGGACCCGCGGGCGGAAGUGCCGGCACAGCCACCGCCGCCACUGCCGCCCAUCCCCCAUUCCCAAAACCGACCGGAUUCCGCGAGUACGACAAAUUGGUAAGACGUCAACAGCUAACCAAGUCCGCAACCGCCACAUUGCCACUGGUCUCUCAAGCACAUGAUCUAACACCACCACAAACGCCUAACGCUACCCUCUGCUUCGCCGAUCAACAACAUCAGCAGUCCACAUUUCAUCUCGCCAGCCCAAAUCCCAACACAUUCUCACAGCCCCUUCACCUACAAAUACCCACCAACGAUCCGAUCAUAAUUACACCGGCCACACCGCAGGCCACCCCACCGGGCAAGCUCAACCUUCAGCUCACCUCCACCACCGCGAACCUUGGGGCAACGGACGAUGAGGGACGACCGCUGACACCGGCCCCCGGAGCCCUGGAGCGAAAGUGCAGUGUCUACCGUAGCCGCAAGCUCGAUCCCUUCGACGAACACUACUUCAAAAAUACGACAAUAAGCCAUCAGCAGCAGCAUCACCAUCAUCUGGACGACGCGUUCUACGCCCAGCACAAGCACCAGCAACUCCCGAACGGCGAACAGCAAAGCUACGUCUGUAAGUGGGACACCGAGUACUACUGCUGCGACACCGAACAACGACAGCUAGGCGUGAUCUGUGAUCACAUCGAGUGUGCCCAAGGUCGUGCCGCAUGGCUGGAACGCGGUAGACGAUGCAGCGUGCAAGAAACACCCGCCUCCUGCCAUCGACGAUGGGUCAAACGUAAUCGGAUACAAGACUCAUCCGUUGGUGGCUCCUCGGACGAUGAAGACUUACUCGGUGUGCUGAGAGGCCCCAGUUCAUUCGCCAAUGCCUUCCUUUACGUAGGUUUAGGUACGAUAGCAAUUGGAUUAGUUAUAGCGUUCGUCGGUACCGGCGAGAAAGGAUUCAAAACGGUUGAACUAAGACUAAUCGGACCAUCGUUAAUCGGUCUCGGCUUAUUUUGUUGUAUAUUGCGUAUCCUGUUUUGUAUAUGUCCGUCACACUGUUUCUCAUCUAGUCGUAGAGCGCGAAAUAAGAAGAACGCUAAAAUAGACGCCGAUCACCGGACUUCCCUGUUGCGUGGCGACAGCAAACGAGUAUCGAUAGCACGCGGACCUCACAUACCGACUAAACAGCCACAAAUCUACCCCAAGUCGAUAGUGAAAACCAAGACGUACGAGGGCGUGGAAGCACUUCGGCAGAUAGCGACCACUUCAUUGUUUCUACAGAACGAGCAGAAAGUUUCAUCCAAUCGCAUCGUCCCAAUCAUCAAGGAACCGGAAAAAGUAGAAGAACCACCUUUAGAGCUAAAGAAAAUCGACCCCCUCAGGGCUGAUACGCUUAGUGUGAUAGACAUCGUUAGUAUAUCGGACGGUGAAGACGACGCCGAUGAUGACCGAAGUCACAGGCACCACCCACAGGGUUCCGACGUCCAGGUGAUAGAUCUUACCGGCGAGGAUGACCAUUCCCAUUCUGCCAGUUCCCACCACCAGCGAAAGGACAGCAAGCUUCGAAGGCAGCGAACCUCGGUCAACCAGCAGAAGCCCAAAGACUCCGGAUCGGCAGCCGAUGGGUCUUCAUCCCUUUCGCCAGGUGGUGCUGGCUCCAGCAGCGGUAGUCUGUUGAUGGAAACCUCGCUGAUGAUCAUCGGUCCCACGCCGGUGAGUUCACCUACCAAACAAAUGCAACAAUCAACCCUCACGGUACCGAUGACCACACCGCUGGACGGAGCACCGAAGUCGUCCGCUGGUAGUGGUACGCUGCUGACAGUGCUGCCAACACAAUCAACCUCGUCCACGUCCGCCUUCGGAGCGAUCGUAGCUCCCAGCAUAAACAACAACCACACGCAGGUGCCCGGAUCACUAUCACCGCUGCCGUCGACCUCGUAUCUACCCAGUGCGGCAGCGUUCAUGUCCCACAUUUCCCCCCUGACGCCACCGUACACUUCCGGUCACAUGCAUAACAACAGUAGCAGUAGCAGUAGCAGCUAUCUCCUAUCACCACCGCCCAUGGGCGGCGGAGCAGGCUCGGCCAUUUCUUCCCCCAGUCCCAAUCAGUACGAUCCGCUCACGCUAGGUACCAACACCGUCACCACGACAUCCCCAUUGCUACAAUCAUCACCAUCAGCCGCGACCACUACCAAGAACGAACCGGAACUAGUGUUAAGUCCAGCGAAAUUAGGACAGUAGGCUAUUACUAUACACAAUAUAUAGAGAAAGAGAGACAGAGAAUUUUUUCCUAUGAAACUUAUUAGAAGAAAACAGCAAACAGGUGCAGAACGGGCAACGCGAACAACAACAACAACAACAACAACCAAACCGGAAACCGCAGCACAAUCGAGCAAACGAGAAUUGAAGCAAAACCGGAAAUGAUAAACUCCAGCUGACGAAUGUCAGAUGGAGAAGCAGAGUGUAGGAGUUGGGGGCGAUAUUUCCACCAAAGUGGAGAACCUCCCGAAGACCAAUCAAAUGAUCGGAUGAGACACAUUUCUAGGGUUUCGUUGCAGCAGGUGUGGGCGGGAAGUUUGGUUAAAGUAAACCUGCUUCAAGGAAAGCAAAAAAGCAUCGUAGCUUUUACUGAAUUGAAACUGGCCAAUGGUGAAUUUUCUAAGGUUAUGCAGCCCUCUUUUACAUGAGUGAUGCCCAUCCUCAAAAUACAACGCUGUGAUCUCCAAAAUACUGAACCGUAUGAAUAAAGAAAGUAAAGU